AUGUUGCGCACUAAACCCAAGACUACUUGUCUGCUUUUCCCCAACGAGAGUGAUUUUAUCACUGUUCUCGAAGUCGGCGCGCCAAAAGAACUCCCCAUCACUAGUUGCAUCAAGCCCAAAUCCCCUCAGAGUCAGAAGCAACUCAAGCAACCAAAGGAAGUUAUGAAGCGCGGGGCCAGACUCAUGGGAUCAAAAGCCGGACUACUUCCUACGCUACUUGAGCCUUCAGUCUUGCGAACAAUUGUAGUCAAGUCAAUCAUUCAACGGAAUCAUCAGAGACACGCAAAGAUCGAGCUCGGCCUAUACCUUCUGCUGGACGCCGAGCCAACCUCAAAAAGUCAAUCUCUCAAGCAACUGGAGCCGUGUUCCCCUGCUGAAGAUUAUUGGCUAGAUGCCUCAGAAACUUCCAUCUCUUUCAACGAUUCUCUACCCGCGCACCUUUACACCCCUCGUCGUCUGCCGAUGAUUCAAUUGCUCAAGAAUUGGUGGCGAUACCGUUAA